UCGCUGAUUUCUUCGUCUGCUCCCUCCACUACUCCCUUCACUGAUAACUUCACUGAUAACUUCACUGAUAAUUUCUUGACUAAGGGCUAGAACCAGCAGUCAUGCUCGCUUCGAGGCAGCCGUUCGUCCGUACGCCAUACACUCAGUCCGAGGCGUUUGCUUCUAGGUGCGUCUGACUGAGUCUCUGGUCACUACUCUACGAAACGCCCUAGAAGGACUGUGCAGUGUGCUAUAGGUUUGUUAUGAGUGAUCUGCAGGAGAUCCCUUGACCUAUAUCGAUAUCGAGUCAGUUGCUCGUUCCGAGAAGGUUCCCACAUUAGAAAGGGUUAAUGCAGCCAUGGUGCUAAGGCGUACCUCCACGGAGGAGCUCUUUUGGACCCUUUCACAGGCUCCGCCUGCUGAUUCACUCGGAAAGCCAGCAUUAGAGACAUUCAAAGGCAUUUCAGAGACAUCCCCUAGCAUUCAGGAUGUGCUCGUGAAAAGAGUGCUUGUAUCGGGAGGCGUUCAAGACUCAUCGUCGCAAACUGAUAACAUCGAUAGCGACGGCGAUGCGUCAUCUAACAAAUGGCGGUUCCGGAAGCCAUCCACGACAUUUUCUGCUUUCCUCGGUCCCCGCGAGUUACGCCAGCUCGCAGCAGCCGUCAGCUCUCUCGCCGGCCCUGAUUCUUCCGGUGGAGCCACAGGCGGAGCUGUUGGCGGAAAGACAUCCGCAAAAUCUCACCGCAAGCAUCACGACGCCUCCGCCUCUUCCGCGCAUGUCUCCGCGCUCCCCGUGCUUAGCCUCGCCUUGGACUACCUGCAAGCCAUUCCCGACCUGCUUCUCGCCAACGCGGGUUCCCCCGCCUGCCGCGCAAUGCUCGCCUGCUCCCGCUCCGGCGCUCUCCGCGCGUUCCUCGCGGAGCUGCGCCGCUGCGCUUCCGCCGAUCCGCGCGUCUUCGGCUUCCCCGUGGGGAAGGCGACGGCGGAGCUGCUUCUCUGCCUAGCGCGCUCGCACGACGCUUUCCUCGAAGCUUCCGCGUCGGCCUCGGCAACUCCCGCCAGCCCCGCGAGUCGCGGCAGUGCCAGCUCAGAUUCCGCGCGUGCGAGCGGAACUACCGCGCGCGCGUCUUCCGCGGGAGCGGACGUGCAGGCGGUAGUGGGGGAGGUUGUUCUGGCACUAGGCCUGCACUGCAUUCCCGUGGAAUUCGCUGGAGCCAGCGGAAAAGUCGCGCCUGGAGGGGACACCUCCAGCGACAGCGGUUUCAUCGACGGUAACGCUGCCUCUGCGAUGGCGGAAGCCCUGCGAGCCGUGUUUGACGCGUGGGUGAAACCGCACGUGGGAGGGGGGAGUGCUGGCACAGCAGGUGCGGCAGGCGCCCUGGGCAGAAGCAGUAGCGGUGGCGUCGGGGAAGGCGGGCAGGCGGGGGACGAUCCGGACGGGCGGAAGCUUUCUGCCACGAGCGAGCAGCUGACGUCGCUUCUGGCAGCGGGGGCUGGAGCAGUGGGAGAAGCGGGGGGGUUGGCGGGUGGAGAGGGGGCGGUGGAACUGGUGGGGGUGGUACCUGUGGGUCUGUGGCAGCUGCAGCUGCUGGCCGGCGCGUUUAGGAUCGCUGCGGCGAUGGCGGGAGGGGAGGACGGAGGGCUCAGAGCAGGGAGAGGAGGGACAGGAGCGGAGGAGAAUAAGGCUCUGGAGAGUGUCGUUGACCAAUACGUCGCUGCCACGACAGCCCUGCUUUCGAAUUCAAUCAAGCUGUUGCAGCUGCGUCGGCAGGAGGCAGCAGGAAUGUCCCCGUCAGCUCGGGCUGAGGUGGCAGCAAGGUUGCAUGCUGCUGAGUCAGCAGCUCUGUUUGCCACGUCAGCAGUGGAGGGAGGGGAGGCGUCGCUUCGGUCUGUGAAGGGAUUGCGAGCCCUGUGCCUGCAAGUGGCUGAUGCCUGCUCGAGAUCCGCGUGGAGAAAGAUCCCCGCCUGUGAGGAUCUCUUCUCAGCGGUGCUGUCCGCAGCGGCCCGGCUGGCAGUGCGGCAGAGCAAGGCGAGUGGCGCGGGCAGGGAGGACGCGGAGGCAGCGGCGCUGCAGGAGACGCUGCUGCCCAUGCGCUCCCUCGUGCUCGCCGCGGCCAUGCAGAGCCCCAUCCCCCCCGCACACACCCCCAACCAGCCGCCCUCCUCCGCCUCCCAUUCCCCCAACCGCUCCUCCCACCACUCUCACCACUCACGCCGCUCUCACCUCUCCUCAUCUCCCUCGCGCCCGCCCAUGCUGGCGAGUGUGGUGGGCGCGUGCAGCCGUCUGCUGCAGGCCACGUGGGCGUCUGGAGACCACUCCCGUGUCAAGUCCUUCCUGCUCUCCCUGGGGUCCUACAUGCGCCAACCGCCUUCCUCCCAGGACGAGCAGCAGCGCGCCAGCAUGGCGUGUCUGCGCUACAACCUGGCGCCCAUCCUAGUGGAGAUAGCAGCAGCGGCCAGGGGCGCCACAGCCGUGGCGGCCGUGGUGCCGCUGCUGCUAGAAGCCGUGAGGGCGCCCAAGGAGGAGCCGGUGAUCCGCAACGAGGUGCUCAGGGCGCUGGCUGCGGCCGCCGUGGCGGCUGCAGGCAUGGGGCAGGAGGGGCCGUACAGGGAGGUGGCGGUGCUGCUGCUGUGGGAGUAUGGGAGAGAGGCGGGGGAGGUGCAACCUCAAGUAGAGGUGCUCUCGUCUGUGCUAUCCCAGCUAGCCUCUGGUCUGUCCCGCCCUUCCCUCCGGGACGACUUCCUGCGGCGCCUACUCGCCACGUGUGCUGAGGUGGCGCUGGCUACAGAGGCUGAAGGGGGGAGCCGUGGUGCUGAGUUGCUGGGUCCCUUACUCCCUGCAGUGGCGGCCGCAUGCCGCCAUCUCGACCCCCUGCAUCGCCCCGUGGACCCCUCCCUGCAGCGCCUCUUCCGCAACCUCUGGUUCUACUGCGCCCUCUUCCGCCUCGCCCCGCCCCUCCACUCCUCCCCCGCCUCCGCUGCUGCUGCUGCCGCCGCCGCCGCUGCUGCUGCGGCUACCGCUGCUGACGGCGGCGCCUUUGGCUCCGCUGCUGGUGGCGCCGGUGCUGCUGCUGCUUCAGCUGAUGCUGGUGGUGGUGGUGUGCGGGGCGUGUCUGGGUCUCCCUCGCAAACCCCUCCUGGAGUGCUGGCAACGUGCACGGGGGGUGGGGGGAUGGCCAAGGCGGCGAGUAUGGAUGAUGUGACCAAGGGCCCGUAUGCCUGGCCCGAGCAGUGGGCUGCCGCCAUGCGGCAGAUCGCAGCUCACACACCACCGCUGGCAGUGGGGGCGUUCUCCCGCCUGGACGACGAGCUCGAGCUCGCAGCGCUGCACCGCCCCGGCAGCCAGAGGGGCAGCGGCAACGAGCAGGCUGCCGCCCGGCAGAGGCAGGCGCUGGGCGCUGCUGUGGGCUCCAGGCUUGAUGCUGCUGCUAUCAGCAGCAUCACUGGUGUGAAGGCGACCAACCUGCUGUCCAUCGUGCUGCUCGAGUCCAUCCGCGUGUCUGCAGCCACUGGGCUCGUCCCUGUACCCGACACCACCCCCCACUCGCCCGUUCUCGCAUCCCUCCUCCCGCACACGCACACCACAUGCGGAGACGGAAGUAAUGAGGCAGCAGGGGCAGCAGCCGCGGCGCUGGCGGCUGCGCGGCAGCGGUGGGAGGAGGGGAGUGAGAACCGCAGUGGGGUGACGUGUCUGCUCGAGUACAUCCAGAUGCCCAACCCCCGCGCUGCCGUGCGCCAGUGUCUCUCUGCUGUCGUGCUCCGGGCCUUCGAUGCCGCGCUCCUUGCCCUCGAGCACGAGCCCAGCGACACAGUGCGGCAAUCAGCACUCUCAGCCCAUGCAUGCGCCCUCCUCGACGCCUUAUGGGACGGGCAGGAGUUUGUGCGCGAUACGGCGCGCACCAUGCUCAGCCUCCUCCGCAAGUCCUUCCCGCAGCUGCUCUGGCACCCGCGCUGCAUCCGCGCCCUCCUCCGCUUCCACCCGCCGCAGCACAUGCUGGCGGGGAGGGGGGGAGCUGGAGGGGAGGGGGAGGAGGGGAUAGCCGAGGUGGCGUGGGACCCCGAGGCGGCUGCUGCGGCAGAGAGUUUGGCGAUGGACGUGGCUAAGGACUGGCUUGCCACGGCGUUUCUCCUCGCGCCACUUGUCACGCAGUCACUGGUGGAGGAGGUGCUGUGCAGUGCGGACUCGGACCCAGACUCUGUAGCAGGCCUGCUCAGCGUGCUGGCAGAGAUCAAGUACCGCCCCAGAGGCUCAGCAGCAGCCGACACCCCUCGGUCAUCCUUCACCCUGGCAGCGAAGGCCACAGUGGCGGCCAGCCUCAAGGCGCGCAGCAUGGGGCAGGUCUCGGGGCUGCUCUCAGCGCUCUCCUCCCUCCCGUCCUCCCUAGCUGGCGUGGGGGGGGGCAUCCCAGGCAUAUCUGGCGUAGCAGGCCCGGAGUCGCACCCUCCUCACCCGCACAAGCAGGCUGCCGGCAUCGCUGUUGGGUCACAAGCCACUCCGCCCGCAGGGGCGAAGCCGGACCCGCAUCUGACGCUGCUGCAGGUGGCUGUGACUCAAAUGGAGGAGCUUGUAAAGGGGGAGGGCGGGGGAGGGGAGUCGGGGCACGGGGCGGUAUCAUGGGGGCACAUGGCGGGCGAAGAAGGGCGGAGGAAGGAGAAGGAGAGGGCAGCAGCAGUGGUAGGGGACGCAGAGAGAGUGAGGGACAGGUGCCUGUGGGCCGUGGCUGCACUCGUGCUGGUGGAAAGGCAGCAGCAGAAGGGGCACCACAGCAGGAAGCGCCACUCCCCCCUUCAGUCCUCCCUCGAGCUCCGUCUGAUCCACCUGCUCGCCCGCACCCCCCUCCACUUCUUCACCCCCCCGGCCCUGCGCGCCUGCUGCCUCGCCUGGUCGUGGCUGCUCGCCGCCCUCCCCCGCCUCUCCUCCCCGCUGCUCGCCCAGAUAGCAGCAGCCUGGGGGGAGACGGUUGCGGGGAGGAGGGGGGUGUUCAGAGCGGUUGAGGGGGAUGAGGAGGGGCCGAGGGGGUGGCUGCGGCCGCUGGUGGUGGGGGGGGUGCCGGAGGGCUUUUCGGACCACAAGGGGGAGGAGGCCCAGGCGCUGGAGGAGCUGGGGGCGCACGCUGCUUGGAUCCGGUUCAUCUCUGACUGCUCUGAGAUCUACGGCCGCGGCAGCGAGAGCCAGGCAGCAGCCAUCGAGCGGCUGCUUCUCGCCUCUCUCUCCGACGUGGCCCGCCUCUCCCGCCACCCUGCCGCCCGUGCGCCCCUGUUUGACCUCUUCCGCCUCGCGCUCGCCUUCGCCCGCACCCGCCUCCUUGUGGCCACCAGCCCUGCCCGCACCGCUGCAGCAGGGGCAGGGGCAGCGGGGGCAGCAGCAGCAUCCUUGUCAGCAGCGGCUGCAGUGGCAGAUGUGAGCCGAUCAGAUGCUGCCACGUCACCCCAUGUGUUCUCGGCGCGGCUGCUGAGAGACCGGGCGCACAGAGCCGUGCUCAAGUGGUUCAGUGUGGACGCGGGGUACUUUGACGGGUGGCCCAGCGCGCAGAGGAGGCAGGCGGCGCUGGAGGAGAUGGCAGUGAUGGACGGCUUUGGCAAGGCGCUGGCAGACGAUGAGAGCAUGGAGGACGCCUUCUGGCCUCCCGCUGCUCGUGGGGCUGCCUCUACUGUCCUUUCCCCCUCGUCCCACCAGCAGCGCCAUCCCGUGUGGGGCGCGUUCUUCUUGCCGCAUCGCUCGCAGGAGAGGCAACAGCGCCGCCGCCUGCUCUCCCUGCUCUCCUCACACGAGGCAGAGUGCUCCGCCACCUGGGCCUUCCCUCUCGGAAUCUCUCCAGACGCCUCACGCACGGCAGCAGCAGCGGCCGCCACGGACAUCCAGCGCAGCAAGGCGCGGGUCACAGCGUCGCUCUCGGCCAAUGACGUGCCGCCACUUGUCCGCGCCGCAUGGGCUGUGGACCCGCGGGUGGCAGUGUGCCUGGCACAGCGCUUCCCCUCAGUGAAGGGCAUUCAGGAUGAUGUGGGGGGACUCAUCAGGAACAUGCCCCUGUUAGUCCGCUCUUUACCGGAAUCGCUCCGCUGGCUCGUCACCCCAGCAGCAGUGCAGCAGGACUCCCCGCUGCUGCGCCUGCCGCUGCCGUACUGGGCGCCGUGCUCCGUGGCAGCAGCGCUCAACCUGCUGCUGCCGGCGUUCAAGGGGCACCCGCGAGUCAUGGCAUACGCGUUCAGAGUGCUGGAGGCGUACCCCCCGCCCACCGUCACCUUCUUCAUGCCGCAGCUCGUGCAGGCGCUCAGAUACGACCACGAUGGCCUGGUGGAGUCGUACCUGCUGCGAGCUGCCCUGCGCAACAUCAUCUUCGCACACAUCCUCAUCUGGCAGCUGCAGGGCGAGGAGGCAGAUCCCGAGGGGCAGCAGCCAGGAACACUAGAAUCGUCGAAUGGGUCAGCAGAGGGAGGUGCAUCUGGGGAGGGCGCAUCCAGCACUGCAGCAGCAGCCGCCACCAACAUCCUGUGGACAAUAGUCCCGCGCGUGCGGCAGCGCAUCAUCGACAGCUUCAACGACGAGCAGAGAGCGGCGUUUGACCGCGAGUUCUCCUUCUUCGACGCCGUCACGUCCAUCUCGGGCACUCUGAGGCCCGUGCCGAAAGAGAAGCGAAGAGCCGCCAUCCAACCGGAGCUGGAGAAGAUCAAGCUGCCCGGAGACGACGUGUAUCUGCCCACAGACCCCAACAUGCUAGUGCGCAGCAUUGUGCUGGAUAGUGGCAUUCCCCUGCAGUCCGCCAAGAAGGUGCCCAUAAUGAUAUCGUUCAUGGUGGUGAGGAAGGACGAGGAUGGGGUGGUGGAUGAGCACAACCCGCUCAGGCAGGCCUGCAUAUUCAAGGUCGGAGAUGACUGCAGGCAGGAUGUGCUGGCUCUGCAGGUGAUCGCGCUGCUGCGUGACAUCAAUAAAGCCGUGGGGCUGGACCUGUACCUGUUCCCGUACGGAGUCCUCCCCACGGGGUACGAGCGCGGGAUCAUCCAAGUCGUGCCCAACACGCGCAGCCGCAACCAGAUGGGCGACGUCACGGACGGCGGGCUCUUCGACAUCUUCCAGAACGAGUUUGGCGCCGUGGGGUCCGCGGCGUUUGAGCGCGCGCGCCACAACUUCAUCGUCAGCAGCGCGGCUUACGCCGUGGCGAGCCUGCUGCUGCAGCCAAAGGACCGACACAAUGGGAACCUCCUUGUUGACAAUGACGGCCGCCUGGUGCACAUCGACUUUGGGUUCAUCCUCGAGACGUCGCCAGCUGGCAACCUGCGAUUCGAGAGCGCGGACUUCAAGCUGAGCCACGAGAUGACUCAGAUCCUCGACCCCUCGGGCGACCUCAAGAGCGAGCCCUGGCACCGCUUUGUCGGCUUGUGUGUGAAGGGCUACCUGGCUGCUCGGCGCCAUCAGGAUGCGAUCAUUAACACGGUGCAGCUCAUGCUGGACAGCGGCCUCCCGUGCUUCUCACGGGGCGAUGCUGUUGGCAACUUGAGGAAGCGGUUUCACCCGGAGAUGGGGGAGCGGGAGGCAGCGAGCUUCAUGAUUGGGACGUGUGUUGAUGCGUACAACAAGUGGACGACCGCUGGAUAUGAUUUGAUCCAGUACAUGCAGCAAGGCAUUCAAAAGUAGCCUUGGAAGGCCGAGGUAAUGUGAUAUUGAUUUUUGCAUUGUCCAGCUUAUGUGUUGCCCCUAUAUAUUGAAUUGGUAUGCCAGCGUGCUGAUCUUUUGUUUGUUCUGUAUUCAGUGAUCAAUAUGGAACUUAGAGUACACAACGACAAUGUUAGAUUUACACGAAAGCAUAGCCGUAUUUUAAGAUGCAAUGGGCACGCUU